UUCACUUAGCGAAGCCUUACACCGUACUUGCUGUGUUACUCAGUUUUAAGACACCACAGAGUGUAUUUACUUUUCUCUUUUGGAAAAUUAUUCCGGAAACGAAACCCUGAGAACAGGAUGUGAUUAAUAGUGAGCUAGCAGCUGGAUGUCAGGAAGGCCUGGGCGGGUCAGCUUGGUAAUGAAGAGGAGUGGGCGAAGUUAACCCCGUGACGCGAAGCCCUACAGUCUGUCAAGUGAAGCCCCCUGAAAUCGGAAGAGUAAGGAGCCUGGGCGGUUUUUCGAUAGAAGUUUUGAGGUGCAUUUUCAUUGGUUAAAAAAUGACUACUCUUGAAAAUUUAGAAACCAAAGUCACCCUUACUCCAACCCCAGUCCGAGGAGCAGGAGAUGGAAUGGAAACUGAGGAGCCGCCUAAAUCUGUUGAAGUUACCUCUGGAGUCCAACCCAUAAAGCAUCACAUCCUUCAGAAUCCACGGAAGAAAGCAGUUCCAGGGGAGAGCCCAGGAGUCCUUCAGCUUGGGAAGAUUCUCACUGAAAAAGCAGUGGAAGUUGAAGCCGUAAGAAUAUUAGUUCCCAAAGCUGCUAUAACUCAUGAUGUCCCCAACAAGAAUGCAAAGGUGAAGUCUCUGGGACAUCAUAGAGGAGAACUCCUUGGUCAGUCAGAGGGAAUUAUAGAACCCAGAAAGGAACUAUCAGAGGUAAAGAAUAUAUUGGAAAAGCUCAAGAACUCUGAAAGGAGGUUACUACAGGACAAAGAAGGUCUUUCAAACCAGCUCAGAGUACAGACAGAGGUCAAUCGAGAGUUAAAAAAGUUGCUAGUGGCUUCUAUUGGGGAUGAUCUUCAGUAUCAUUUUGAACGUCUAGCCCGUGAGAAAAAUCAGCUUAUUUUAGAAAAUGAAGCCCUAGGUCAAAACACAGCUCAACUUUCUGAACAGCUAGAACGUAUGUCUAUACAGUGUGACGUAUGGCGGAGCAAAUUCCUCGCAAGCAGGGUGAUGGCAGAUGAGUUAACCAGUUCCAGAGCAGGAUUGCAGCGUCAAAACCGCGAUGCACAGAGUGCUAUUCAAGAUCUCCUGAGUGAACGGGAACAGUUUCGUCAGGAAAUGAUAGCUACCCAGAAAUUAUUGGAGGAGCUCCUAGUGUCCUUGCAGUGGGGAAGAGAGCAAACUUACUACCCUAGUACACAGCCUCACACCACAGCAGAACUAGCAUUAACAAAUCACAAGUUGGCAAAAGCUGUAAAUGCUCAUCUUCUGGGAAAUGUUGGCACUAACAGUCAAAAAAAGAUUCCAUCAACGGUUGAAUUCUACAGCACCCCAGCAGAAAAAAUGGCUGAAACGGUUCUACGCAUUUUGGAUCCAGUUACCUGUACAGAAAGCUCACCUGGUAAUCCAUUUUCUGAGUCUUCACCAACUGCCUUACUUGCUACAAAGAAAAAUAUCGGACGAUUUCAUCCUUAUACUAGAUAUGAAAAUAUAACUUUCAAUUGCUGCAAUCACUGCCAGGGAGAACUUAUUGUCCUUUAACAUUUAGUAUGUUGGAGGCAUGCUACAGGCCCUUGCUUCUUACCCAAGAGUCAUUAUUAUUUGGGAGCUGGAGUUCUUACGAUGGUAGAAUGUCACUUUCUAUUUAAGUGAUAUAUAUCCCCAACAAUGUUUCAUAUACUGGACCACAGAUUAUCCUUUCUUAAUAAAUACCUCAGGGUAAGAAAAGAAUGAAACCAUGUAGAUAUGUUUAAAGUAGAUGAUACUUUCCAGGCAUACAUGAUGCUUUUCCUAAAGGACUCUGAAAGAAAAAGAUCUUACCUUUAUUUUAGGCCCUAAGUUAUACCUUGCUGUGUGUUUAGCGUGAGCAGAUUUAAUUGGGAUACUCUAACGCAGGGUGGGUCAUAUGCAGCUACAGCCGUUCAUUUACUGUUGUCUAUGGUUGUUGGGUUUGGGUUUGGCCCUACAGCAGAACUGAAUAGCUGCAACAG